GAAGAAGCUUAGUUCUACAUGCCGACUUGCUUAUCACCAAAUGUGGAUUCCCGUCAAUUUCGCAUCUGCCUGGCGCCGUCAUCGUCAAUUGACGGACUCUGAGUCAACAACGAAAGAAACGCGGAGCCGUUGGAUUCCGUCAUAAAUUCACGUCAAUUAACAGGUUAAGGCUUGAAAGGAGAAACCCACAAAGAAGUUUGGAGCUUUAGAAACCCAAAAAUCUGCUUUAAUGGUGAUCAGAAAUCUGCAAAUACCGACGUGAGCAGGAAAUUUUUUUCUAGGAAACUCAUGAAUGUAGAAGAAAGCAGGAAGGUGGAAAUAAAAUCUGAGAAAUGGAUCAACUGAGUACUAGAUUGCGUUAUGUGCCGUUGAAUUUGAGGCCAUUUGGAUCAUCAUCCGCCAUGGCCUCCUCCUCUUCCCGGUGCCCUCCUCUGGGCCGCUUCAAAUCCCGUGCAGUUAUAAUUGCGCUGUUCCAAGAUAAUUUUUGACUUAGGGUUUUAUAGUAUUUUUUUCAACCAGGUUCGAACCCGACCAAAGAUAGAUAAGAAACGGCGGCGGCGGUGGCGGAAUGAACAAGCGAGGAUUGUAGCAUGCGAGAAGAACAUCCUUCAGGAGGAAAGAUGACAGAGGCUCUGUUGACAUCGUUGUCCAUGGAUAAUAGCCACGGGCACAGCCACGGCCAUGGCCACGCCCCGCCAUCAACUCUGCUGUCCAUGGAUUCCAGCUCAGCGGCGCAUGAAGAGCAGCAGCAGCAGCAUAAGCCCCCGGACAUAAACCUACCGCUGGAUAUAUGUGCGCCGCCGUCGUGGCCUUCGGAGCCCUGCGAUAUUUUAGACCUGGGAUCGCAGAUCCACGAGACCGAGGGCUUGCUUAAUCUCUCCAAGAGCAGCAACAGCAACACGAGUAUCAACCGCAAGUGUGCACGGCGUGGGGAUUCGAUCUGGGGCGCCUGGUUUUUUUUCAAUUUUUACUUCAAGCCCGCCCUGACGGAGAAGGCCAAGGCGAAGAUUAUAAACCCUAACUCUAACGGCGGCUCAAUUUCUUCUUCCACGUUUGACAAGAGUGACCUGAGGCUGGAGCUUUUCCUGGUGCAGCAUGAUAUGGAGAACAUGUAUAUGUGGGUUUUCAAGGAGCGGCCAGAGAACGCCCUGGGGAAAAUGCAGCUGCGCAGCUUUAUGAAUGGACACUCCCGUUUAGGUGAGCCGCAAUUCCCUUUUUCUGUUGAUAAGGGCUUUGUUAGGUCUCAUAGGAUGCAGCGAAAACAUUACAGAGGGUUGUCCAAUCCUCAGUGUGUGCAUGGAAUUGAGGUCGUUAGGGCUCCCAAUUUGGCUCAUGUCACGGAGGGGGAACUUAAGAAAUGGAUUGAUUUAACGGGUAGAGACCUGAAUUUCACCAUUCCCCUCGACGCUGAGGCUUUUACUGCCUGGAGAAAUCUGCCCAGCACAGAUUUUGAGCUCGAAAGACCACCCCCGCCCUUGCCUUUGCCCCUGCCGCUCCCCUCGUUGAAACCCAAUGGCAGCAGUGGUAAUCACAAUCACAAUACCAACAACAACAACACAACUUUGAAUUCGCCUUCUUGUCCUUCCUCCAAGAGGCUGCUGAAUGGAUCUGGUUUGAAUUUGUCGACCCAGCAGCUUGUAGGCGUGUGUAAUGAGGGAAUAGAGCUCUCGUCGCUUUCGCCCCCGGUCUGUGGGGGCGGGGGUAGCAAGAGGAGGAAGGAAUUUAAGGAAUUUUCUCCUCUGGGUGGCAAUGAUGAGGAAUACUAUUCGGAUAGAGUUCAGGACAUGGAGACAAUUCAUCAGGUGGAACCAGCGUGGGUUAGUGAUUUCUCAGGCGUCAUGCGACAGGCAUGUGGUCCAGUGACCGCAGCGAAAACUAUCUAUGAAGAUGAGAAAGGGUAUUUGAUAAUGGUGUCUCUGCCUUUUACGGAUAGUCAGAGGGUCAGGGUCUCAUGGUGGAAUACUGUGUCUCAUGGUAUUGUCAAAGUUCAAUGCAUAAGUACUGCCCGGGCUCCUUACAUUAAGAGAGGAGACAGGACAUUCAAGCUCACCGAUCCAGCUCCUGAACACUGCCCACCUGGUGAAUUUGUGAGGGAGAUUGCACUUGCAACUAGGAUUCCAGAGAAUGCUGAUCUCGAGGCAUACUAUGUUGAGGCCGGUGCAGGUCUAGAGAUAAUGGUACCAAAGCACCAUGUGUUGUCAGAGGAACAUGAAGUUCGAGUGUUCCUUCGCCCACAGUUGGGCCCUAAUGAACUGCUGCUGACAUAAAAACAAAUUGGGAAUGGGAAGGAGGGAUUUCAAUCAGGGAUGGAUGGUUGCUAUGGUCAGAUUCAGACUUCUAUUGUUUACUAAUUUUGUACCAUAAUAGAAAUCUAGGACAAUUUAGAAUACCAUUAUUUCUGUUGUAACAUCCAUCUCAAGAAACUCCCUUCUUCGUCUAAUCUUUUAUUUUUCUUUCUGCCUAUAAAUCAGGCUCUGUAAGAAAUUUGCACUUUGAAGGUGUACACCUGAAGAUAAAGGUGCACUUAUCAAAACAGAUGCUUUGUAUUAAUUUUUGGAUUUUGCUUUUAGAUUUAUGGGGUGGUGGAAAUUUUUAACACACCAAUUUAAAUUUUUGAUUUUGAAGAUA